AUGGCCAGCUCUGUGGAUCAGUCGUCUUCGACCGACUGGAUCCUGCCAUCGAUGCCACCUUAUGCUCACCAACCAGGGAUUCAAUUUGUCGGCACCGAAUGGAUUCUACCAUCAAUGCCACCUUAUAUUCAUGUUUAUGUUCAUGUCCGGCUGGGGCUCCUGGAUCUUCCUCUGGAGAUUCAGCUGCUCAUCUACCAGUACUGCUUUUUGGACCACGUAGUCUGGGCGAAAAGUUCGUGGCAACCCGUCAAACACUCCGCUGGAUUGCUCCAGACUUGCCAUCACAUCCGCAACGAAGCAACAAAAUACAUGUUCGCAGGCGCAACAUUGGGCCUGAACAUCUCCAGAUCCAACAACCGUCAAGGCCUGGUCCCAUACGACCAUUUCCUCUUGAACGGUGCUUCUUACGAUCAGAUAUGCGCAACGCCCCAGGAGUAUUUGCACCGCUUCGAGAAGAUUGUCCUUAGGGUCCCUCGGCCGAGCGAUCAGCACAUGGUUGACCAUUGGUAUGCCGUGUGGCCCGUCAUCUACAGAAUCAGCUUGGCCAUCCUCCCUUUCCAGACUUUGUCCAUCAAGUUGUGCGUCGGCCGCCUGUCGACCAUCCUCAUGGACAAAAUACCUCGUUUCCACGACCGACCCGGGAAGAUGCCCUGGCUGAGGAGGACUAUCUACUACGAUCUCGAGGGUGUGAUACAGGCGCCAGAACUUUACACCAGUAGCGCCUACAAAGCCAAGGCUCGGCAAAGGAUCAAGCGCUUUCGCGAGGUGCAGAAUCGGGCGCAACUACAGUGGGAAAACAUUUUGACCAUCAUCGAAGAGCUCCAGAACACGACAAGGCAGAAGCUGUCUCGAAACGUGACUCAGUGGAAGAGCGGGACACGGACCGUCCGCGUCAGUAAUGCGCGGACGUUGGAAGAGAUUAUCAAUCGGGCAAGGACAAUUGCAAACGACGAUGACACGGGUCCGGAUAUGUGGUUUCACUGCUAUGGACGUGGCGGCGCUUUGAUCUACCAUCCGGAAUAG